GGCCGCGCGGACGCGGCUCUGCGAACCCCGAAUGCCGGCGCGUGCCCGGAGCCCCGCGUGGCGUCGGCCGUGGGUCGGGGCCUUGGAGAUCGCCCUGGUCCUCGCGCUGCCAGGCCUGUGCGGUGCCUGCGAUGCACCACCAAGAUACCAGUCUAUGAAGAUCAAGGGGGACAGUAAAUCUUCGUAUAGUCCUGGGGAGAGAGUAGAUUAUGAGUGCCGCCCAGGGUACAAGCGCGACUUUACGCUUCCUGCCCAUACUGUUUGUAAUGACGAUGGCACAUGGGCAGCCCUCCAGGAGGCUUGUACCAAAAAGGCAUGUCCACAUCCACCAGUGCCCAGUAAUGGGGAAAUAUCCAGCCCACAAGGGGAUCUGCUGUUUGGCUCAGAGGUUCACUAUACAUGCUUUGUCGGUUUCCGCUUAAUUGGGUCAAAAGUUAUUUACUGUGAAGUAUUUGACAACACUAUGAAAUGGAGUGAUCAGCCUCCACUAUGUGAAAGUUCCAAACCUACACCUGCUACUACAACUCCGACUUCAGGAGAGCCUGGUCCCAAGCCUGCUGUUACUACCCUGACACCAGCUUCAAGAGAUCCUGGUGAUGUCAGACCCAGUGAUCAACCACCCGAAACGUCCGGGCAUUUAGGUCCUGGGGUCAUUGCAGUGAUUGUUUUAAGUACAGUCGUUGGUGUUAUGCUGGCCAGCCUUGGUGUGUACAAGUAUCUUCAGAGCAGGAAGAAGAGAGAAACAAAGAACUCAGAAGCUUCCUUUUCUACCUACCGGAGCAAAUCCAGCAGUCCAACAGAAGAGUCAAACUAAAUGGCCCCAGAGCCAGAGUAUCUGGUCAUCUUCCAUUGCUCUUCAAUCCAGUUAUACUACCCUUGGCCAGUCAGUGCUACCACUUUCAAGAAACAUUUGGAAAGUGCCUCAAAAAUUAAAGAGUGGAAGCACCAGGUGCUCUGG